UCACUUACAACUUUACGCGUUAGAAGUAGAAGAAAGUGGGGCCGUUUAUUAUGUUACUCAUUAAUCUUUUCAUUAAAAUAAAACAAUGGAUUUCAAAAUGGCUUUCGAAACGCAUAGUUUGAAAGUUUCCAUCUUUGUUUGGUUUUAUUAUUGCUGUUUUGUGUGGUAUUGUAUUUUUAGUGGUGAAGACAGGUUGUGUCCCGCGUUAAAGACGAGUACAUAUCGUGGGAAUCCAAAAAUUACAGAAGAAAAAAACAGAACGUUAAGCCUCCAAAAGCCCUUUAUAAAAUGACUGUCCUUCUCUAUCUUUUUCAAUCAAACAGUGUCUUUCUAAAUCAUUUUGCUCUUUUCUUCCUCUACCCAAUUGAAGAUUCGAAUCAGCUCCAAUUUUCCAAUCAUGGCAACUCAGCAGCAGCAGCAGCGUGGGAAUGGGAGGCCUCUUCCAAAAUUUGGGGAAUGGGAUGUGAAUGAUCCAGCCUCGGCUGAAGGGUUUACUGUCAUAUUCAACAAAGCUAGAGAUGAAAAGAAGACUGGUGGGAAUUCCAAGAACGGAGCAAUGGCAUUACCUCCCAAAUAUGCUGACCUUAAACAAAGCCACGAAUCAAAGUACUCAAAAAAGAGCAAAUGGUGGUUUUGCUGCGGUUAAUGAGUCAGCUCCUCCUGCAAUAUCCCCCGACUGAGGAGACUUGGUGGGGAUAUUGAGUACAUAAAUAAUGCAAUGGAAUCAAGAUGGAAAACAGAAAAAGUUUUACAGCUUCUACCUACAUGAAUUAGAAGUUAAUUGCUUAUUUUUUUGAUAGGCUUUUCGUUGAAUGUAUACGAAGAGAGUAAUGUAAAUAGACGAAUAUUUUUUGUCAGGGAAAUCAAACAUUGUACUUUCUUGCUUUCUAUUUCAAUGAGGAUCAGCCAUGUGGAUGAUGAUGAUCAUGAGGGACAAUUUUCAAUUCAUAUUUUAUUCUCCUGUGCUA